AUGUACCACCUUACUGUGGCGGGUUCAUCGCGCUUUAGGCUGAAAAAAGAGAAGGCAAAAGCGAUUCAUGAGCUGAAAGAAGCGCAGAGAGUGGCUGAGGAAGCAAAUGAGAAACUCAUGGAGGCAAUGGUGGCUCAGAAGCGAGCCGAGGAGGAUUCCGAGAUUGAGAAGUUCCGAGCCGUUGAGUUGGAACAGGCUGGAAUCGAAGCUGUUCAGACGAAGGAAGUGGAAUGGCAGAAAGAGCUGGAGAAUGUGAGGAACCAGCAUGCUUUGGAUGUGGCUUCUCUUCUCUCCACUGCUCAGGAGCUUCAGCGGAUUAAGCAAGAACUUGCCAUGACUUGUGAUGCAAAGAACCAAGCACUGAGUCAUGCUGACGAUGCAACUAAAAUUGCGGAGCUUCAUGUGGAGAAAGCCGAGAUUCUUUCAGCUGAACUGAUGCAUUUGAAGGCUUUACUAGAUUCGAAGCUGGAAACUGAGGCUAGGGAAAACAAGAUUGUAUCGGAACUGCAAACAGAGAUUGAAGUUCUUAAUGAAGAACUUGAAAAGGCAAAGGAUUAUGAUGUGAAGUUGACGGAGAAAGAAAAUCACAUUGAACAUCUUAAUGUGGAGCUUGAAGCUGCCAAGAUGGCUGAAUCUUAUGCACACAGUCUGCUAGAGGAGUGGACAAAAAAGGUCGAGGAGCUAGAAGUGAAGGUUGAAGAAGCAAAUAAGUUGGAGAGAUCUACAUCAGCGUCUUUGGAAUCAGUAACAAAACAGAUGAAAGGAAGCAAUGAGUUGUUACAUGAAGCAAAAUCUGAAAUUUCUAGUCUUAAAGAGAAGGUGGGAUUGUUGGAGAUGACAAUUGGUAGACAGAGGGAAGAUCUUGAGGAGUCAGAGCGUUGUCUUCUUGUGGCUAAGGAAGGGAGUCUUGAAUUGUCAAAGAAGGUUGAAAGUCUGGAAUCUGAACUUGAGACAGUCAAAGAAGAGAAGGCUCAGGCUUUGAAGUGGAGAUGAUUGCAUUGAAGAUGCGCGAUGAACCCUAAGUUGCCCAUAAUUUCCCAAUCCCAAUUGCAAUUUUUACCCAAAUAAUCUUCUGACCACAAUUGAUUUACUUA